AUGCCCAGAUUAACGGGAAACUUUCCAUUUUGGGACCACAACCUGCCGAAAAUGAUGCACCUCGUGUCCAUUGGUUAUGUGGAUUUCAAUAAGCCUGUGUGGAACGCUGUCGAUAAAGAUGCGAAGAAUCUGCUGUCAGAACUCUUCAAUACGGACGCAGACCUAAGACCGGCUGCCAACAAAUGUCUCGAUCAUCCUUUUUUCUCUGCAAAACGAUUAGCCCUAUCGGCUUUAGCAAUCUCUAGAAUGCGCAAGUUGGUCUCGAAGCAGGCAGAUGCGAGCAACACGAAGUCCAUGACUAACGCAGGCAGUUCGUACUCCAUCAGCUUCUUGAGGAGGAUCAUCGAUGAAUCAGCCCUGAAAAUCUACAGCCACUGGACAGGUGAGCAUGACAAGAACAAGAGAGUCCUACUCUUUCAAAACUCUCAGAAACAACUGAUCCAUAGAUCUGUCAGGCUGCGCUGA